AGAUUAACAUCAUAUUUUGAUAUACUCUGGCUUUGUUGUUUGCAGGAAAACUAGCCAAUGAUUUCCUGGAAAAUGAGAUGUUUUACUGCUUACUUCUUCUGUUCUUGCCUGCAAACACAAAUUACAGAUCUGGUGUUCAACGUCUGGUCCGAGAAGUCACAUAUGAGUUCAGCGUCUCGGACAUUGUCUUGGGGAGGGAGGGACGCAACCCAGAGCGAGUAUUUAGUCAAAUGCCACCACAAGGUGUUUUCAAAACCUAGAAUCGUCAAAUCUGGAGCAAAUCGUGGUCAAAGAUUUCAUGGUUGUGCACUAUGGCCGAAAGCAGAUUGCUCGUUUUUUCAAUGGGUUGCGGAUUAUCCACCUUUUGGAGUAGAUGAUUACAAGAAAAGGGAAAAUGAUAGACCAAUUUACCAUGUUGAUGACGAGAGAAGUGGUUUGGAAGAGAAAAUUGCGAAGUUGAAAAUGAAGACGAAAAAGCUGAAAGAAAAAAAUGAAGAGUUGCUGGGAUUAGUUUGCAAGCAUGCAAAAGGAGAAAAGUAUUCAUUUAUGGCUUUGAUUGUCUCCUGGAUUGUGUUUGUUGUUGUUUUGUAUGGGAAAUGAAAGUGAUAAUUGAAUUAGUGUUGCUGGUGUGGGUGUUAUUAGAGUAAUAAGUGUGUCAAAGUGUUGUAUGGGUAAGCAGAGUGUUGUGUUUGCAAAAAGUUGUAACUUGUAACCGAAUUUGGGAUCCAUUCCUGUAUUUGUAUCAGACUAUUAUGAAUGGAAAGUUUAUGUGUUCUCACCA